AUGCGCCCAGGGUCACUUCCCGCGAGCCCUAUUGAACUCUUCGGGAUAUCUUCCUCCCCUGACUUCUCACUGCGGCGUUUUGCCCGGAGUUCAAGUCAGAACAUGCAAAAGCUGCAGCAGCACCCUCCAGAGGGGGCCCCCCAGCAGCUACCAGCGUCUUCUUCCCAGGGGGCCCCCGUGCCCACCGCUGCCCCCACCCCCAACACAACACCCCCCCAAACGCAGCCACAAAACCCCUCAGAAACUUCUGCUGCGUCUCUAGAGCCUCUCGUGGGGGCUCCUGGGGGCCCCCUGGGGGCUCGCGAGCCCCCGGGGUCACUCCUCGAGCCCAGCUCCUGGGGGGCCCUCAGGGGCCCCCCUUCUCAGCCAAACCCCACUUCAGAAGAGGCAGCACCGACAUCUCAGCCUCAAGGCCCACUCAAUGGCUUCCAACAAGUCCCAUUUCGCCAGGAACAGCAGCUGCUGCUGCAGCAAAUUCAGCAGCAGCAGCAGCAGCAGCAGCCCCCGCGGUCAGCGGCGCCGCAGGCUGCACAGCAGCAGCUUCCUUUCUACCCACAUGUGCCCACGCUUCAGAGCCUUUUGCUGCAGUCGAUUCCCCGGGCCUACGAGCAACAAUACCAGCAGCAAGAGCCGCCGCAGCACGAAGCCACACAGCAGCAGCAGCAGCAGCAGCAGGAAGCCACACAGCAGCUGCAGCCCCAGCAGCUGCUGCAGCGGCCUGCGGGGCAGCCCCAAGGGCCCACUGAUGGUUCCAUCAGGGGGCCCCUAGCAGCACUGUCGGGGCCCUCGAUGGUGCAGAGGCACCGGGCCUCGACGGAGCAGGCUGCUGCUACUGCUGCUGCUGUUGCUGCUGCUGCUGCUGCUGCUGCUGCUUCUGUCCCAGCAGUAGCAGCAUGGCCUGCAGACUGGGACAGGGGCGUCAGAGAUGGAGAGGGACCCUCAGUAGUUCAGCCCGGAGACCGCAAAAGGAAGCCUACAGGGAAAGCUGCUGCCUCCAGGCGCAAAGUUGCUGCUGUAGAUCCGCGGCAGCAGCAGCAGCAGCAGCAGCAGCUCCAGUACAGGGAGCAGCCUGAUGUCAGCCUGCUGCUGCAGCAGCAAUACGGACUGCAGGGCCUUCCGGUAAAUGUCGGCGUGAGCGCGUCGGCGAGGCAGCAGCAGCAGCUGCUCAUUCUGCACCAGCUGCUGCUGCAGCAGCAGCGCUCGCUCUUCCAGCACUCUGAGAAGCAGCAGCAGCAGCAGUGGCAGCUGCUUCAGCGGGAUUUGCCGCUGCUGCAGCCUAGGGAGCAGCAAGCGCAGCAGCCAGGCGACAAGUCCUCUGUGCCUCUUGCUUCCUCCCAGCCUUCUGCUGCCGCAGCAGCAGCAGCAGCAGCAAGGCACACGCUGCAGCAGCUGCAGCACCUACAUCAAGCUGCCCUGCAGCUGCAGCACAAGGAGCUGGGGCUUUCGAUGCGCGAGCUAGAGACCCUCUACCUGCCCGUUCUGUGGAGCUCCAGCAGCAGCAGCAGCAGCAGCAGCAGCAGCAGCGCCAGCAGCAGCGGCAGUGCCAGCAGCAACAGCAGCAGCAACGCAGGGGAGGCGUCUCUAGGGAAGUAUAGCAGCUGGAAAAGAGACAAGGGGACUUUUUUUGCUGCUGUUGGCGAGGGCUGCUGGAUGGCGUGGCCAGCUGAGCGCCAAAACAGCAGCAGCGAGUGGCUGCAGCAGCAGCUGCAGCAGCAGCAGCUGCAGCCGCUGCUGUCGUGCGUGGUGGGGGAGAAGGAGCAGCGGGCCCUGCUGCAGCACAUGUGGUGCAGCGGGGCAGACGCCGUGGAAGCUGCUGCUGCUGCUCUGCGGGGGCCCCCGGGGGCCCCGGGGGCCCCCAGCUUUGUUGAUAUUGUAAUGAGGCUGCCCCCGCCUUGCUGCUAUUCCUGGUCUGUAAGAAAGAAGGGGAUUUUAUUUGUGUGGCGGCAUGUAGCAAGUGGGGAGCAGCAGCAGAAGCAGCUGCAGCAGCAGCAGGAGCCACUGCUUCAGCAGCAACAGCGGGAGCAGCUGCUGCAGCAGCAGCAACAGCUGGCCCCGUAG